AGAAAGCAUCAGAGACACUCCACCUGCAGAUCAUAUUUCGGGGCAGUAACUCUGACAGCCGAGGAACAACCGAUUAGACUGACGACAAGAAGAUUCACAGGCAUGGAUAAAAGACUUAUCUUCUGUGUUCUGUUGGUGAUGCUGUCUGGGAGAUUUGUGGGCGCUGAAAACACUACGACAGCACCACCUAGCAAUAUGUCGACAACCCCAACCACCAAAAUGACAGCAACAACAGAAAGCUCAGUGACAAGUCCCACCAGCGUGUCGACAACCCCAACCACCAAAAUGACAGCAACAACAGAAAACUCAGUGACAAGUCUCACCAGCGUGUCGACAACCCCAACCACCAAAAUGACAGCAACAACAGAAAACUCAGUGACAAGUCUCACCAGCGUGUCGACAACCCCAACCACCAAAAUGACAGCAACAACAGAAAACUCAGUGACAAGUCUCACCAGCGUGUCGACAACCCCAACCACCAAAAUGACAGCAACAACAGAAAACUCGGUGACAAGUCUCACCAACGUGUCGACAACCCCAGCCAGCAAUAUGACAGCAACAGCAGUCCCCGUGACGAAUGUAUCAAUGGCAGCAUCAACACAAUUUGUCCUAGUGUCCCCAAACACCACAGUGCUGACACUUGAGGCCAACAUCACUAAUGCUGAGUGUGGAUCCAAGCAGCUGUGCAUAGCUGAGCCCCCUAAGUGUGACCCCUUUGUAACAGGGUCUUGCUUCUUCUUUGCUGCCAAGCAGGAAAGUGGUCAAAACUUUAACUUCGAUCUCUCAGGAGAAUCAAACGGAUACAUUGCAGCAACUCUGACAGGUGGCGUUGGGCAGGGAGACCCGACUUAUAUCUGUGCAAACAGCAAGGGCAAAGUCAAAUUCUUUAGUUCGGUCCUCAACAAUGGUGUUCUGAAUAUUUCAGAGCUCAAUGUGAACUCAGUGAAGGGCAAGAUCAAGGGCAAGGUAAUUCAGUGCAGAUUCCUUGCCACUGUUCCAGAACCAAAAACUCGAGCAACAACCCUCGGCGUUGCGGUUUCAACGGGAGAGUACAACGACACUAACGAUGGCCUCGGUUCUCCAACCUCUGUUCUAAAGGUCAGCGCUGUAGAUCUGGCAAACCCCGAUAACAACGUAACCAACGAGAUUGACAACACAACAACCCCAGCCAGCAAUAUGACAGCAACAGCAGUCACCGUGACGAAUGUAUCAAUGACAGCAUCAACACAAUUUGUCCCAGUGUCCACAAACACCACAGUGCUAACCCUUGAGGCCAACGUCACUAAUGCUGAGUGUGGAUCCAAGCAGCUGUGCAUAGCUGAGCCCCCUAAGUGUGACCCCUUUGCAACAGGGUCUUGCUUCUUCUUUGCUGCCAAGCAGGAAAGUGGUCGAAACUUUAACUUCGAUCUCUCAGGAGAAUCAAACGGAUACAUUGCAGCAACUCUGAUAGAUGGCGGUGGGCAGGGAGACCCGACUUAUAUCUGUGCAAACAGCAAGGGCAAAGUCAAAUUCUUUAGUUCGGUCCUCAACAAUGGUGUUCUGAAUAUUUCAGAGCUCAAUGUGAACUCAGUGAAGGGCAAGAUCAAGGGCAAGGUAAUUCAGUGCAAAUUCCUUGCCACUGUUCCAGAACCAAAAACUCGAGCAACAACCCUCGGCGUUGCGGUUUCAACGGGAGAGUACAACGACACUAACGAUGGCCUGGGUACUCCCGCCCCUGUUAUAAAGGUCAGCGCGGUAGAUCUGGCAAACCCCAAUAACAACGUAACCAACGAGAUUGACAACACAACAACCCCAGCCAGCAAUAUGACAGCAACAGCAGUCACCGUGACGAAUGUAUCAAUGACAGCAUCAACACAAUUUGUCCCAGUGUCCACAAACACCACAGUGCUGACCCUUGAGGCCAACGUCACUAAUGCUGAGUGUGGAUCCAAGCAGCUGUGUGUAGUUGAGCCCCCUAAGUGUGACCCCUUUGCAACAGGGUCUUGCUUCUUCUUUGCUGCCAAGCAGGAAAGUGGUCGAAACUUUAACUUCGAUCUCUCAGGAGAAUCAAACGGAUACAUUGCAGCAACUCUGAUAGAUGGCGGUGGGCAGGGAGACCCGACUUAUAUCUGUGCAAACAGCAAGGGCAAAGUCAAAUUCUUUAGUUCGGUCCUCAACAAUGGUGUUCUGAAUAUUUCAGAGCUCAAUGUGAACUCAGUGAAGGGCAAGAUCAAGGGCAAGGUAAUUCAGUGCAAAUUCCUUGCCACUGUUCCAGAACCAAAAACUCGAGCAACAACCCUCGGCGUUGCGGUUUCAACGGGAGAGUACAACGACACUAACGAUGGCCUGGGUACUCCCGCCCCUGUUAUAAAGGUCAGCGCGGUAGAUCUGGCAAACCCCAAUAACAACGUAACCAACGAGAUUGCCAACACAACAACCCCAGCACCGACCGGAAACAGUGCAACCACAGUGGCACCAACAGGGACUCUCAUCCCCCAACUUUCGACAGCUAUAACCCGGCAAGAAUGUGGCACCAAAAAGCUCUGUGCAGCCGAACCCUCAAAGUGCGAUCCCACUACCGGAACUAGUUGCUAUUUCCUAUCUGUCAAGCAACAAAGUGGCCAAAUAUACAACUUUGAGCUCUCAGGACAGUCAGAUGGCUAUGUUGCUGCUGGACUCUCAACCAAUGAAAUUGCGAAUGGCACUCACACGGCUUACAUUUGUGCAAACAACAAUGGCAAUGUCAGAUUCUUCACUGGCACCAUUGACAAUUUUGUGAUAAAUCUCAAAUCGUCGCAGAACUCAAGCAAUGAGCGGGGCACAGUCAACGGCAACAAAAUCCAGUGCACAUUUUCAGCUGAUCUACCAGACAGUUCUGUCCGAACAGCAAAUUAUGCUUUGUCAGUUUCAGCUGGAACUUACGACGCCAAGACCUUACAGCUGGGAAAAACAACGUUCCGAUUAUUGACAAGUAGUACAAACUUGUCGGAUCCUACCGCUAACCUCACCAACCUGAUAAACAAUGCCCCAAUCAAUUACGCUUCCUCUUUCUUUCCUGCUCUGCUGGUCACCGUGUAUAUGCUGGCCUUCACAGCAAUGUGAAGAAACCAACGUCUCUAGUGACUUGUGAUUUCUGCAACUAAA